CCUCACACCCUCACACUGACCCUCACACUGACCCUCACACUGACCCCCACAGCGACCCCUCACACCAACCCUCACAGCCGCCCCUCACACUGACCCUUCACAGCGACCCUCACACAGACCCCUCACACUGACCCCUCACGCCUGCCCAAGGAGCAGCAGUGCCAGGGACUGUGUGUGGCUUCAGGCAGCCACAUUCCCUCAGGGCUGGUGUCACCCUGGGCAAGGGACACCCAACUGGAACAUCCCCAUCCCACUGUUCCCAGCUCCACCCCUGCAAUGUCAUCCUGAACUCUGCUGAGUUUGGCACAAUGGCAGUGUUGGCACCAGGCACUCAGGAGCAUGAGGUGGCACCGACAUGGUCCUCCCUGAGCCUGGGGAACGUCAGUCAAGGACACGCUCUGGAUCACGCUCCGGAUCAGGCUGCGGAGUCUCCCUGAUGAGUAACAGCCCUGCUCCUCCGAGAAGAGUGUUGGCGCACUGCAGUCUCAAAUUGAUUUACAGCACACUGUGUUUAUUUGCAGUAUUAGUAAUGUACCAUCCAAGGCAUGAUGAGGCCUCCACAGCUUGCCAGGACCUUGAGAAAAGUGCCUGAGUGGCACAUUCGUUGGGAGAAGGGGUGGAUGGAGAGGUUUUCCUGCCAUUGCAGCGCUGGAGCAACCACACUGGAACUUCACUGUGUGCUAUCGAGUGGUUGGGGCUGCCCCGAGCCCUGGGGUCUGGUCUCAGCCACGGAGACAGGACGUGCAGUGGCAGUGCUGAAGUGCCAGGCAGCUUUCACCCUCACAACAGGAGCUGAGAUGCCCAGAGGAUCACUGGGAAGGGGCAGGAAGUUGGGUGACCACCACCCCAGCACCCUGUGGAAUGGCACUGCAGGACAGAAAGCAGCUGCCAGCUCAGCACCUCACUUCAUUUGUGUGCAUCGGCAUCACAAUCUGGGGCAAUCCAGUGCAGAUUCCUCUGUGGACUGAUCCACAACCCAAAUGCCUGACUGCACGUGCAUUUUCCUUGUUGGAAUAAGCACGGAGGGGAAGAAACGGCAUCAUCUCAGGCAACCUCCCCUCCACAGCAGUGCUCUAAGCAGCAGGUUAGAAUCAACAGGCUGACUGUGUGCGUUAGUCCUCUGGAAAGAAGGGAGCUGAGCUCGUGUUUUAGCUAACUGAAGAAGAAUUGAAACAUCAGCUCCAGAAGAAGAGUCUGUCCCCCAGGCACUGUUAUGCUCAGGAAUAACAUGACACAGGUCCAUGACACAGGCAGCGAGGUGAGCUCAGGUUCGUCUGGUGCAAUGGCAGCGUCCUCUUUUGCAAUGGGCUUUGAGAUCUGCUGAGAGAAGAGGGACUAGAAAAUCAAGGUGUUUCUGGCCCAAGGCACCGAAAGGCAGCUUUUUGGAACUGGAACUUUCAUCACCAGUGGGAUUUCUUGGAAGUGCUCUGCUGGAAAACCAAGUGCUGAUUUGAUCUUGUGAAGUGCUGCCAGACAAUAUUAGCAGUUUUAACUUCCCUGCUGUGGCAUCACCCUUCAUUCCCUCUGAGAGGAGUCUGCAAAGGCUGAGCUGCUCCAUCUUUCCAGUUCACGGGAAACCAUUUGCAGCCAACCUUCAGGAUGAAACCGCAUUCCUGUUCCAAGGUUGCAAUCACUGCAGAGUGUCAUGAGGCAAAAGCCACAGCUCCUGAGUAACCACCUUGUCGAGUGCCAGGGCUGAAGCUCACGGCAAGCACUGGCACAGGGCAGAGAGGAGGAGGAGGAGGAGGAGGAGGAGAAGGAGGAAGAGCAGGAGGAGGUGACUUCUUGCAGAUCGAUCCCUAACCUGAGGAUUUGCUCACUCAGGGAUGUGGAAGGCAGAGCUCUCCAAGGAAAUGUGAAGGAUUUAUUGUUACUGGCUGCUGAGCAAAUGAGCGGGUGACUCAUCAGCCUUUGCCACAUGCUGCUUUUACAAUUGGUCUGUUGGAGUUCCAGACAACGGGGCUUUUAUCAGCUAAAAAGGGAAAUGAGCUCAGUUACUCUGGGUAAAUCCAGAGCAAUUUGUUUGUAGACUGAGGACUUAAAGCUGUGUGACGGUGAUCACUUCUGAGACAGUCAAAUUGCCUCUUGAUGUUCCUUCCUCCCUUUGGCUUAAGAACAUCCUGAUGACCGAGGUCUUUUGGCUUUUCCAGCUUAAUUAUCAUCUUUUUGAUGGAUAAUCCCUGUUCCCCGCUUGUCCCUCUCCUAAUGAUCCCCAAGAAAGAUAAGCCAAUUUACUCUCCCUUUCCUCAGGGCCCUUUUGAUGCUCACACAGGAGUUUGCAUCAUCUGAUCUCUUGUGCAAAGGAUCCCAGAAUGCCGUGACGUGAAGGAGUCACGCCACUGAUGGUUCCCCUGAACAUCGGUUUUAUGUGCUGGACUUGCAGCUUGUGCCUCCAACAGGAAAUGCCAGAGCUGGGAAGCAGAUGUGUUCACGAGAUACUACUGCAAAGUUAAACAGGAAUUGACAGGAAUCUGCUGUUGGAGAUGGACAUUUUCAAUGUUUUAUGGACCGUGAGGUGAUUUUUGCAGAGUAAGGUGUCCUGCUUUUAGUCAUCUCACCUGCCUCCCAAAGGGAAUUAGAUGAAGGAAACCCAAAAGUACAAUUUGUAUCUCUUCUGAGGCCCACAGUUCUGCAGUUGCUCGCAGCACAGCAACACAACAUACAAACAUCACGUUAAAAUGUGUUUAAUCCCCAGAGUCUGAUCUGAGCAGGUAGCGUGGCCAGGGCUGGUCACAUGCACUUCCCGCCAGGAAGACGGAGGCCCCAGGAGCUGCACUUCGUGCCCUCUGACCUGCAGCCUGUCACUGUGCCCAGGCAAAGGCCACCCCAUCCUUCCACUCCAGGCUCUGGUUUAUGUCCAGGCUUUAUCCUCCGGAGAGGAGGCUGCUGGGGCGGCCUGUCGUGACUCCUCCGAGGGUCUGCUGUUUGUCCCUCUGGGCGCAACAACUCGCUCUUGGAUUAUUAUCCAUCUCAGCCGCACCGUGCAGCGGCUCCGCUUAGGCUUGCGGGAGGGCAAAUAGCGAGCGCGGAAAGCCAAGGAUGGGGGACGGAAACACCUCUCCAGGGAGCGCGACUGAGCCCCGCUCCCAAUCCCAAUCCCGCUCCAGCCCCAGUUCAGCCCCACAACGGGGUCGGGCCCAGGAGCCGCCAGGGGGCGCCGCAGGACUCGAUACCACCCACCCCCUGCAGUGACGCGACGCUCCCGCCGCCCCUCAUUGGUCCCCCACCGCCUCUCCCGGGCGGCUCCUCCCCCUCCGCCACCGCUGAUUAGCGGGCGCGGCGGCAGGUCCCGCCCCCCCGGCUGGCUCCGCCCCCUCGGCGGGUCCCGGAGCGGCGCGGCGGGACCGGGGCGCGCGCGGGGCCAUGGCCGCGGGGAGCGCGGCGCGGGGACCCGGCCGGGCGAUGCCGCGGCUGCUGCCGCUCCUCUGCGCGCUGCUGCCGCUGCUGCUGCCGCUGCCGAGCCCGGCCCGCGCCCGCCACAUCAAGAAAGCGGAGGCGGCGGCGGCGGCGGAGCCCGGCGAGGCGCUGCGCUACCUGCACUCGGCCGAGCUGGGCGAGGCGCUGCGGGCUCUGGCGGACGCGGCCCCGCCGGGCCUGGCGCGGCUCUUCAGCAUCGGGCAGUCGGUGGAGAAGCGGCCGCUGUGGGUGCUGCGGCUCACGGCCGGGCUGGGCCCCGAGCGGCCCGGCGAGCCGGCCGGCGGAGCGGCUCUGCCCGGGCGGCCGCAGGUGAAGCUGGUGGGGAACAUGCACGGAGACGAGCCGCUGGCGCGGCCGCUGCUGCUGCGCCUGGCGCGGGAGCUGGUGCGGGGCUGGGCCAGCGGCGACGCGCGCAUCGUCCGCCUGCUCAACACCACCGACCUGUACCUGCUGCCCAGCCUCAACCCCGACGGCUUCGAGCGCGCCCGCGAGGGCGACUGCGGCGGCGGCGGGGAGGGCGGGCGGGAGAACAGCCGCGGCCGCGACCUCAACCGCAGCUUCCCCGACCAGUUCGGCGCCGCCGAGCCCGACCUGGAGCCCGUGCCCGAGGUGCAAGCGCUCAUCGAUUGGAUGCGCCGCAACAAGUUUCUGCUCUCUGGCAAUCUCCAUGGUGGCUCCGUGGUGGCAAGCUAUCCCUACGAUGACUCUCCCACACAUAGGCCCACAGGAGUCUACAGUAAAUCAGCUGAUGAUGAAGUCUUCAGAUAUUUGGCAAAAGCUUAUGCAUCUCAUCACCCCAUAAUGAGAACUGGCAAACCCAAUUGCCCUGGCGAGGAGGGAGAGACCUUCCAAGAUGGGAUCACGAACGGGGCCCAGUGGUACGACGUAGAAGGUGGGAUGCAGGAUUACAACUACGUGUGGGCCAACUGCUUUGAGAUCACGUUGGAGCUGUCUUGCUGCAAAUAUCCUCCAACCUCUGAGCUUCAGAAGGAGUGGGAGAACAACAGGGAAUCUCUCCUUUCUUUCAUUGAGAAGGUCCACAUUGGUGUGAAAGGCUUUGUCAAGGAUGCAGUCACUGGAGUUGGCCUGGACAACGCGACCAUCGCUGUUGCCGGUAUCGCUCACAACAUCACAGCGGGCAAAUUUGGGGAUUACCACAGACUGCUUGUGCCUGGGACCUACAACGUGACUGCAGUUGUCAUGGGUUACACACCAGUGACCAAAGAGAACGUCGAGGUGAAGGAAGGAGACGCAACAGAAGUGAAUUUCUCCUUGCAGCCAACUGUGAUGCCACCAGCUCUUAAUGUCACACAGUUCGUGACGGCACCGGCUCCUGCCACUACCAUCACCCCCACCCCUGUGCAGGCAGAGGCCCCAAAUCCAACCUCUCUCCAUGAACCCAUCCAGCCCGUGGACUUCCGCCACCAUCACUUCUCGGACAUGGAGAUCUUCCUGCGGCGUUAUGCCAACGAGUAUCCCAACAUAACCCGGCUCUACUCUGUCGGCAAGUCCGCGGAGCUGCGGGAGCUCUACGUGAUGGAGAUCUCUGACAACCCCGGCGUCCACGAAGCAGGUGAGCCGGAGUUCAAGUACAUCGGGAACAUGCAUGGGAAUGAGGUUGUGGGGCGAGAGCUUCUCCUGAACCUCAUCGAGUACCUCUGCAAGAACUUUGGCACAGAUCCUGAAGUGACUGAGUUGGUCCAGAGCACACGGAUCCACAUCAUGCCGUCUAUGAACCCUGAUGGCUAUGAGAGAUCCCAGGAAGGAGACAAAGGAGGUACCGUUGGCAGAAACAACAGCAACAACUAUGACCUGAACCGGAACUUCCCAGAUCAGUUUGUCCACGUGACAGACCCUCCACAGCCAGAAACUCUUGCUGUCAUGGCCUGGUUGAAGUCUUACCCUUUUGUGCUCUCGGCAAACUUGCAUGGAGGUUCUCUGGUGGUUAAUUACCCCUUUGAUGAUGAUGAGCAAGGAAUAGCCAUAUACAGUAAAUCCCCAGACGAUGCUGUGUUCCAGAAGCUGGCACUUGCCUACUCCAAGGAAAAUGCACAGAUGUACCAGGGAAGCCCUUGUAAGGAUAUGUACCCCACUGAGUACUUCCCACAUGGCAUCACUAAUGGGGCUCAGUGGUACAAUGUUCCAGGUGGGAUGCAAGACUGGAAUUACUUGCAUACAAACUGCUUUGAACUGACCAUUGAGCUGGGCUGUGUGAAAUACCCAAAAGCUGAGGAGCUGCCCAAGUACUGGGCCCAGAACCGUCGAUCGCUGCUGCAGUUCAUGAAACAGGUUCACAUCGGCGUCUGGGGCUUUGUGCUGGAUGCUGUGGACAAGAGGGGCAUUCUCAACGCCACCAUCAGCGUGGCCGACAUCAACCACCCCGUGACCACCUACAAGGACGGAGACUACUGGCGCCUCUUGGUCCCGGGGAUGUACAAAAUCACAGCGUCUGCCCGAGGGUAUGAUCCAGUCACUAAGAUGGUGGAAGUUGACAGCAAAGGUGGGGUGCAGGUCAACUUCACUCUUUCACGGACAGACAGCAAAGUGGAGGAGGGAAAGGUGCUGGUCUUGAACACCCCAGACACCAGCAACCCCAACGAGAAGGAGUUUGAGACCCUGAUCAAAGAUCUCUCUGCUGAGAAUGGUCUGGAGCGGCUCCUGCUCACCUCCUCCCGGGACGUGGCUCCGUACCGGUACCGCCCGUACAAGGACCUCUCCGAGUUCCUCCGAGGCCUCUAUCUGAACUACCCACACAUCACAAAUCUCACCAGUUUGGGUCAGAGCGUCGAGUUCCGUCAGAUCUGGUCCCUUGAAAUCUCCAACAAGCCCAACCAGUCUGAGCCUGAGGAGCCCAAGAUCCGCUUUGUCGCUGGUAUUCAUGGCAAUGCUCCUGUUGGGACAGAGCUGCUCCUGACACUGGCAGAAUUCCUUUGCAUGAACUACAAGAAGAACGCUGCUGUUACAAAGCUGAUUGACCGGACGCGGAUUGUGAUUGUGCCUUCCCUGAACCCAGACGGACGCGAGGUCGCCCAGGAGAGGGGCUGCACAUCAAACAUAGGCCGGACUAACGCUCACGGCAGAGAUCUGGACACAGACUUCACAAGUAAAGCAGACCACAGCAGUGGCAAUUACACCCGGUACUCUGGGACACGGGAGCCUGAGACCAAAGCCAUCAUGGAGAACUUGAUACUGAAGCAGGAUUUCAGCCUCUCUGUUGCCCUGGAUGGAGGAUCCCUUCUUGUCACUUACCCUUAUGAUAAGCCAACCCAGUCAGUGGAGAACAAAGAAACACUAAAGCAUUUGGCAUCUCUGUAUGCAAACAACCACCCAAUGAUGCACUUGGGCCAGCCAGGCUGUCCAAAUAAGUCAGAUGAGAAUAUUCCUGGUGGUGUGAUCCGUGGCUCGGAAUGGCACAGUCACUUGGGAAGUAUGAAGGAUUUCAGCGUGACAUUUGGUCAUUGUCCUGAGAUCACUGUUUAUACCAGCUGCUGCUACUUCCCGAGCGCUGGACAGCUUCCUGGCCUGUGGGCAGACCACAGGAAAUCUCUCCUUAGCAUGCUUGUGGAGGUUCAUAAGGGAGUGCAUGGGAUUGUCCAAGACAAGAGUGGCAAGCCAAUUUCUAAAGCUACCAUUGUUCUGAAUGAAGGUUUGAGGGUCUAUACUAAAGAAGGGGGCUAUUUCCACGUGCUCCUGGCUCCAGGUUUUCACAGCAUCGAUGCAAUAGCCAACGGGUACCAGCAGAAACAUGUCAAGGUCUUUGUACGUGAUGAUGCACCCAGCUCUGUGUUCAUAAUAUUUGACACAGAAAACAGGAUUUUUGGACUGCCAAGGGAGCUGGUUAUAACUGUUGCAGGUGCAAGUAUGUCUGCUCUGGUCCUCACUGCCUGCAUCAUCUGGUGUGUCUGCUCAAUCAAGUCCAACAGACACAAGGAUGGCUUCCACCGCCUCCGGCAGCACCACGACGACUACGAGGACGAAAUCCGAAUGAUGUCCACUGGCUCCAAGAAGUCCCUGCUGAGCCACGAAUUCCAGGAUGAAACAGACACUGAAGAAGAAACACUGUACUCCAGCAAACACUGACACCUCCCGGGCAGGAAAGGAGGUUGCCAUGGACCAGAGCCGGUGGUGGGGGGCGGUCCCUGUGGUUCAGUUUUGAAACAUUAGCUUCAGGGUGUGUCCUCCAGAGGGGCAGGUGGCAGCUCCCAACUUCCCUCUGUUUGCUCUGUCCUUAUGUACCUGCAAAUCAGUGGGUGUUGGAGGCUGUUUCUGGGAUAAUGACAUAGUUUUGUUACGUUUUUGGGUCAAGAUCCGGAGGGUCACAUGACGUGGUUUGAAAGGCAACUUAACAGGGUGGCCAGCAGAGCUUUUAGCACUUCCCCAGCAUCUCAGCACAGGGAACAGAUGGUGGGGAAGUGCCCCAAGAGCUGCCUGGAGUCGUGGCUACAACACUCCAAAAAGGUUUCUCUACCUGUUUCGAUUUGAUAUUUUCCACUCUGUGCUUGGGGGAAGCCAGAUCCUUCACGUGAAUCAAUGUUCCACAGGGCAGCCCUUGGAAAAAGACCAAAAAAAAAAAAAGCCUUUGAUUGUCAGCUGUUCCCUUGGAGCUUUUCCUGCCAUGGGAUGCUGUGGCCUGGUGUGAUCUGCAGCGGUUGUGGAGCAUCUCUUAUGUGUCAUUAGUUUCAGGGGGUGACUUGGCAUCCUGAAAGCUGGAGGACAUGACAUCAUUCUUGAUGUGAGCUGGAGAAAGUCAGAGCCUCAGUGCACUCUGACAGAGUUCCAUUGCCUGCCAGCUCUGCCACAGGGCUGCUCCUGACUUCUGGGGAAGAAAGAAAGUUUAUCCCCGUCACCCCUGGUUGUGUUUUGUUUGUGUAACAGGCUUGGCUGUGGGGGUCUCAUGUUAAUGUUACCACAGCUCAGUGUCUGCAAGAGCAGCUGAAUAUUGUUCUAAGGGAAUGGAUUCACUGAUUUGUAGAAGAGCAGUCAGUUACUGCUCCACCUGAUCAGCUUUGCUCAAAUCCACCUCUGUUCAGGAGGAAACAGUGAAAUCUGUCUACCACUGCUUUGUAUUGGAGCAGCAGGGAGAGGUCAUGGGAGUAUCCAUGGCCCAAAUUUCUUCAAAAUUUGGCACUAAAUUUUGAAGAAAAGCUGCACCAUUUGCCAAUUUACACAUAAUACCAUUUCAGUCACCAAGCUCUGGUGAUGGCAGGCAGCAAAUUAGCUGCUGGCUUGGUUCUGUUCUGCUCCUGCAGCAUCCCUGAAGUGUAGAGCAGGAGCUUCACCUGUGUGUGUGGCUGCAGCUGAGGCUGCUGUGGGUCCUGGGGGCAAGAUGUGAGGAAGGGCUGAAUUGUGCUGAAGGAGGAGGGAAAAGCAGCCAAAUUCUGUCGUGUAGCACUUGGCAGGAAGUUGUAAAGAGGAGCUGCAGCCCACAUCCCCAGGACAUGUAGGAUUUGUGGGGAAUAGAAGGGAUGUCCAGAAGGGAAGAAUGGCUGAAAUGUUUGAUUUCUAAAGCCUUUAUGCAUCUCUGAUGUUCCUGUGCUUUCUGGGCAGAAGGCUGGGGUUAGAAUAGGCACUUAUUUCCUUGCUGCUCAUUUUCUUUUUUAAUUCUUGCCCCACUGACCUGAUCUCUGGGGUGCAGGAGCCUUAGGCCUCUAGUUUGCCCUGAGCUGCUCUGUCCUCCAGCAGCCCGGGGAUGUUCACUAGAGAAACCUGCACGUGGUGUCCAUGGUGGGGGUGUUUGCACCCCAAUAUAUGAUGGGGUCUGCUCUGCAGGGCUCUGACCUGCUCUCCUCUGGGGGAACAGCACAGUGUGUUCCCCUUUUAAGGCUGUUGGGCCGUGUCACCUGGGGAAGAGGCUGUUCCUCACCUCUGCCUCUGGUGAUGCCCUGCCAGAACCACGUGGCUGUACUGUCAUUCUCAUCAUCUCAUCUGGUUUUGUGCAGCUGUCUGGGGGCACAGAGAUAACCCUUAGUCACCAGUGUACCUUCUUCCCUGUUCCACAGGGAAUUCUACUGCAAAACACGAAAAGGUGUGGCUGAGGUGGUGUGCUGGGAACAGGGAGAUGAGGCUGAGCAUUCCCCACACCCCUGUCCCCCCUGUCCUGUUGAUUCUGCAGGAACCAUGAACAUCUCUGAGCCUGUUCCCAGCUCAUUGUGCUGAGCAGGGGAUUGGUUUUAGUCCUGGGCCAUGUCCCUUUUCCAUGUGUACCAGGCUGCAGGACACCAGCACACAAAAGCAUUAAUCCUGCCUCAUCUCUGAACUGUUCCUCCUUUAACAAGAGACACAGUAGGUUUUAUUUAAAGUUGGGUUUGCAAAUGGCUCUUAGGGCUCUGUUUGGGCUUUGUUUGCUCUGGCAGCAGGUAACGGGCAGAGCUGGCCGUGCUUUGUCCCUCUAGCAAUAAGUCCUGGCCCUUUCCCUCAGAGUGAAUUUCGCAGUUAGCUUGGAGUAGGUGUGUAUAUUUAAGGUAAGUGGAUUUGAGAUGUUUUGCAAACGUUGAGAGACUUUUCCUACGUAGCAGGACCAGGUGGGGGUGCCUGGCUCUGGCCCCGGCUCUGUGCUCAGAGCUUCGCAAGCGCUGGGGCUGUUCCUGAGCAGUUUGGGAAGGCAGGAGCGGCUCCCCCGAGCCCUCGGUCCGUCUGUCCGUCCGCGCGUCCGCCCGUGCCCCGGGCCGAGGAGCCGGUCCCCGCUGUCGCUGUCGCUCCGUGCACUUGUGCCUUCAAAUGUAAUUUUAAAAGGGACUUGAAUCGCCGAUUCCUGGCAGCGGGAGGGGAGGGGGCGGCGCGGGGCCGGGCCCGGCUCUGCCCUGGGGCGCCGCCUGUUUUUUACCUGUUAUACUGAGAUCAAUAAUCUGUAUAAAACUAUUUUGAUGUCCA